CUCUCUGACGGGGCUGUUGCUGGGCUGGGCUGGGCAGCUGUAGCAUUGCAGAUUCAUUUGCAGAGUGAGUGCACGAGGGAGGAAGCAAUUCUCUGUAAUUCCUCCUCGCCUCACUAUGGCCUCCACGCUCUCCUCCUUCGCUGUGAUGCGAGCCCCCCCUGCUUGCUCGCACCACUUGUUGCGCCCCAUCGCCGCUCAUGAUCAUCCGCCUUCCUGCUCUGGCGUGGCUGCUGUUGUUGUUAUUCCCCUCAAAGGAGCUUCCAGGAGAAGAUUUCGGAAUCAUGUGCGUUGUUCUGUUACAGAACAUGGGGCGGCAGCACGCCGGUUUUCGCUUCAAUUGGGCUUAAGUGGAAGGUCGCUAGCAAGCAAUGCGAGGUGCCAGGCGCAAAUUAAUAGCGCGGACGUAGGAGUUGUGGGCGAUAGCAAUGGCGGUUUUGUGAAGGAAGAAGUUCUACCUAAGCAGCAAAACUAUAGUGAUUCAAGAGAAUUUCGACUUCAGAGUGUUCGAGGUGCUGAUUACGUCGGAGCCACCAUAGCCAGCCAUAUUUGGGAAUGGCGCCAUCGCUGGAACAUACACUACGAGUGCGCAGGUAUGGAGAAUACCAACGCCCCUGCAAUGCUCCUGCUGCCGGGAUUCGGGGUAGGGUCUUUCCACUACCAUCAACAACUUCGAGACCUCGGUCAAGAGUACAGGGUUUGGGCAAUUGAUUUUUUAGGCCAAGGAAAGUCCUGGCCAUCACAUGAUCCGGCACCUGAAGAAGCAGAGGAAGUGGUUGAAGAGGUUUUGGAAGGUCAGGUGAAUUCGAAGAAGAUCCGUCAUUGGAGCUUAGGAAAGAACCCGGAGCCUUGGGCCGAGGGGCUUGUGUAUUCGGUGGAUACAUGGCGAGACCAAGUGCACGCUUUCAUAGAAAAGGUUAUUGGUGGACCGGUGUACAUUGUUGGAAACUCUCUUGGUGGUUACGUCGGUAGCUAUUUUGCGGCAACAAAUCCAGAGUUGGUAAAGGGAGUGACAUUAUUAAACGCAACUCCGUUUUGGGCCUUCACGCCGAACUCGAGGCGUUAUCCUUUGCUUUCUAAGCUCACUCCAUGGGGAGGGCUUCUCCCGGUUCCUAUUUUUGCAAAGGCUAUAAUAAGAUUCUGGUGGGAUCUUCUUCGAAAUCCGUCAACAAUACGAAACAUGUUGGGAGCCGUCUACGCCAACCGCUCAGCUAUCAAUAAAAAGCUAAUUACGCAAAUUAUAGAAGCCACUGAUCACCCAGCUGCAUUUGCUGCAUUUGCUUCAAUCGUUUUUGCCCCUCGAGCACAUACAGACUUCGGCGAGAACUUAAUCAGUUUGAAAGAGAGACGAAUGCCCAUGUGUAUGAUAUACGGGAAGGAGGAUCCAUGGGUAGUGCCAUUUUGGGGUCAAAGAGCCAAGCAGCGAAACCCGGAUGCAAUCUACUAUGAGCUUAGCCCUGCUGGACAUUGCCCUCACCAUGAAGCGCCAGAGGUGGUGAAUACUCUUCUGCGUAAAUGGGUGGAGAGUGUGCAAACACUGGGCGCUUCAUCUCCUCUUUUAGAGAGUAGAGUUAACCAACUUCAUUGGUUUGUGGUAGAAAACGAAGGAGACAGAGUAUCUGUCCGAGUUAAGGGCACACAAAAUUUCUGGCAAAAUUUGAUAGAUAGAAUCAGGGAGAUAUUUUUAAAGAAAUCGCUUCAGUCUCAAGUUAUGGAAACUGCUGAGAAAACACAGAAAUAAAAGAAGUCGCCAAAGGAUAGUUACCACCAAGAAUGUUUCAGCUUUUAAAUUCUGGUGAAUUUAGGUUUGGAGACAUCGUGGUCGUUCUCACCAACGUAUCUUAACCUGUACCUGGACUAGAUACAUUUAGAUACAGAAUACAGUCCAGGAUGCUAUCGUGUGAAUAUCAGAUGCAUAAUUCAGAACAAAUUCACUUUGAUUUGCUCA